UAAACCCGAGCCGCCGGCCCAUUGCGGGCUCAAAUCGAUUGAUGACGUCUGCGACUGCCACUGGCCCGUACAGUGGUGCGGUGGACCGCCGGUGGUACCAACACGACAUGUACAGUGUACUACCGAGACCAAAAAUGAGUGUAAAGGGGACGGAUCUUUCUGGGCCUCCUAUAGCCGAUAGCCCGCAUUGUCUCCGAGGUCUAAUUCUUCUUCUUAUGGUUGUACAAGCCAUAGCUUCGGAAAUUCGACGACCUUCUUUGGCUGACCAGUGACCACGCUGAUUAAUGUCAUACACAGCACCACAACAUAAAUAGCUUGUGCAGCUCACAUCACUCUGCUGCCAUCGAAUCAAUCAUGACACCAGCGUAUCUCAUCGUAGGCGCGACAGGCAACACUGGCCGUGGCGUCGUUGAGACCAUUGCCAAGGAACUUCCGGGCAGCGCGUUCAAGGACUAUCGCGUCUUUGGCCUAACGCGAUCGAAAGACAGCUCGACCGCUAAAGAGCAAGCCAAGUUGCCCGGCGUAGAGAUGAUUGAGCAAAACUGGGUCGAAAUCACAGCAGACUGGCUCAUUGAGCACAAUAUUCAGCGUGUCUUUAUCGCUUCCCACGCUGAGCCAUCACAAUUUGCCGAGGAAUCUCAGUUCUACGUCAACUUGCUUAGAGCUGGCGUUGAGUAUGUUGUGCGUAUUUCCACAACAGCGCCCAAUGUUAAGCCCGACUGUUUCGCCUACUACCCACGUGCACACUGGGCCAUCGAGCAGAUGCUCAGCACAAAGCCAUUUGAAAAGCUUCGGUGGACCUCGUUGCAACCAAAUUUAUUCCUUCCAUUUGCGCUGGCACCGGCAGUCGAACUUGUCAAGGGUUGGCGCGAAUCUGGUCGGCAAGGGACACUCUGUCUUCUCCUGACUAAGGACAUUCCUGUUGGUUUGGUUGAUCCCUUCGAGGUCGGUGUUUUGGCCGGCAAUCUACUCCUUGAGAAGGACUCGAGCCAAUACAACAAGUCCAAGCUGGUCGUUAACGGACCAACAGACGUGAGUGGCCAAACCAUUGUUGACCUUGUGGAGGAGGAGCUUGGUGCCAAGCUAGAAGAACCAGUCUCGUUUGAUGACUCCAGUUUUAUUGAGCAGAUGGCUGCCAAUGCUCCGCAGAAGAACCUCAUUCUCUCUGUCAAAACUGCUCAAGAUACAACGAAAGAGGGUCUUUGCACUGCGGCAACGACAAGCAAGGAAGUGUUGCGCAUCGCUCCUCCCAAAAAUACCGCCAAGGACAUCUUCAAGAUGAUGCUUCAAUAGAUGAGCUUUGCACGCAGCGUAGCAUCGAUAGCUUUGCUUACGUAGGAAAUGCAAAAUCAAGCGUGCGAACGGAAGUCGGACGGAAAGUGCGAUGUAAGCAAGCUACAAUAAUCUGGCCUUGACCGGAAGUAGGUUCUAGAGCGCCAUAGAGAUGCGAAGUAGGUCACAUUCAACUCGUACUCGGGCUGCGCUAGCU